AGCAAACCACUGGGUCAACUAAGUCAGUGGCUAGUUUUAUUAUCCCAUGACUAUAAACACAGGUUUGCAUAAUGGUCCACUUAGCAACACAACCUUUAAUUAAAGGUGUGAUUAUUCAGGCAAGUUAAUUGAUAAUCAAGACAAUAAUGAACUGGUGUGCACCCAGACUGACUGAAAACUUCAGGCACAAAGUUAACCCUCAGAUUAAAAGAAAAAUCUCUCUCUCUCAGCUUACGGAUGUUAUGGAGAAUCAACAGAAAUGUUGGCUAGAACCUAUCCAAGAGGAGGAGGAGGAGGAGGCUAAGGAGCUAGUGGAAGUGGUGGAUGAAGAGGAAAAGGACACAAACAAGAAAAAAGAAAAUGAAGAACAGGAAGACAGAUAUUGCUUAAAGGUACAGAGAGCUAGCAAACAGUACACUUCUCUGGAUCAAAGUAGCGCUGCACAGGUGAAGAAUGACAAUCUUUCUGCACCACAUCCAACUAUCCCCCUGCCUUUGAAACAGAGAGCAGAGUUAGAUGAAGAAGAGGAUGGACCUCAGCUAGAAACAGAGGUUAUGAACAAAAGAGGGAAAGAAACCUCUAACAGAUGGAGUAGACCUUGCUGGCCAGUUUCAGAUGAAGUGCUACCAACACCACAAGAGCCACAGCAGAGGGAAGGGGGCGGGAUGCUACCACCACCACAGAAGAAAAUAAGUUCUAGAGGAAAGCGAAAGCUGCCAACUGCAGAUGGUAUGUUCCCAAAAUGGCUGAUGAAUCUGAUGCACAACAUUGAGGAGGCUACGACACAUGAGCUUAUUGUUGAGUGAGGUUGCAAUGUUAGUAAGAGGCCUCAAUAAAACAUAGCAAGGCAAUUAAUACUUUGUAACCAAUUUGAUUCACCUUCAAUUAGGACACUGAGAUCAGGUGACAUUCCAAACAAGCCAACUGCUUUAGCCAGGACCUACAUUGCUACAUUCUCAGUCUAAUGUAAUCUCUCAUUAUCAACAUAUGACAUAGCAAUUUCAGAUGGUACAUCUUGUCCUGUCAUUACGUAAAAUCACCAUUCACUGUCAUGUGUGGAAAAGUGGCGGUGUAGAGAGAGUGUGUGUAUGUUUUACCAUAGAUGUGUCACUAAUACUACACUAGGUAAAGACCAAUUACAAAAGGUAUUCGGACAAACAUGUUAUGUAACUGAAGGAAUGAUUGUGCUUAUGUGACCCACAAAUGACUCCAAAGUCCAGCACAUGAACAAACCCACAAGUAUAUUUGUCAAAGUAGAAUCAAGCCAUAACUAGUACCUGACAAAUACCUUCUAAUCAAGUAAAGUACCGAAGGGUACUGUACAUCUCAACCCAUCAAUAGUCUGUCCUCAUCAGACACUACAUGUAUUCUUACAUAUCAAUAGACACUGAACCCCUUAAGUCGACUGUCCUACAGGCAAAGUCUGUCCAUUCUGUCAUAUAUUGCUUAAUUUGAGUGACUGGUAGAAAGAUUUUCUUGCUUAUCAAUCUGUCUAUAUACAUAAGGCACGUAUUGCAUAGAAUGUGCUGUUUACAGUGUUUCAUCAGGGUAAAAAGUUCAGCAAAAGACAAAAAAAACUUUGUAGUGCAAGAGUAUAAGAGUAGGAUUUUUAAAUUAAUUUGAGUAGUCCACAGCUGAGUCACAAUAUAUUUUUCUGUAUGACGACCACAAGCUUCCCUAUCAAUUUCAAGGUAAGCUCAAGCUGCGUACUGUUGUUGGAAAAAUGUAUUGACAUGGAUAUGGAAGCCGUUUACUGAUCAAAAAUGUACACAAAAAAGUUUUCUAACACUAUGCCUCUCAAAAGUAUUCACACCCCUUGCACCUUUACACAUUUUCUUGUGUUGAAAAUCUAAAUGGAUCUAAUUUGGAGUUUUUGACACUGAUCAAGACCAACAUCCAACACGUCAAAGUGAACAAUAAAAUCUACAAAUUGUUCUAAAUUAAUUACAAAUACAAAACAGAAAAAUAAUACAUUUCAUAAGUAUUCGUCCCCUUUAGUCAAUAUUUGGUAGAGACACUUUUACCUAUCUGGAUAAGUCUCUACCCGCUUGGCACAUCUGGAUACAGCAAGUGUUGCCCAUUCUAGUAUGCAAAAUUGCUCAAGCUCUGUCAGGUCUGUAUUUUGCUCUGUUCAUCCUUCCCUCAAUCCUAUCCAGU